AUGUAAUGGCAAUUUUUAAAUUGUGUUGAUCUGCAUAGCUAAAUGCUAAAUAGAGAGAGUGGCAAAUAGGAAAUAAUGCUGGCCAGAACGAACAGUAUAUAUAAUAACCUUUGCAAAAUUAAUUAAAUCUUCAAUUAUUUAUUACAUCAAAUCUUGAUUAAUAUGGGGAUUUGCACCUCUUAAAAUGUUAAAAAAUAAUAGGAGUAAAGAUAAUAACUCAAAAUUGUACUACCAAAUAAGUAAUCACAGGAAUCAGCUCAUGAACCUUAAAUUCUCAAUUAAUCCAAAAGAGAAUAAUCACCAUAAAAUAGUCAACCAAGUCAGCAUAGUUAGAGAAGUAUCCAUACUCCAGCGAUUAUUUCUGAAAAUCAGAGAUCGCCAGUACAAUCUCAGGGCCUCAAUAAAAAAUGCUCAAAAUAAAUGAUCGGAAAACUUCAAAAAUCACCUUCUCAACGUUCUCUCUCCCAAAGAUCACUCAGCAAUUGCAGUUCUCCACUCAGGGGAUCUGUUUAAAUAGGAGUUCAAUUUUAUAGUACCAACGCAUCCAAAAAGUACUCCUUUAUGCAUAAUAAAGAAAUUCAGAUGAAUCAAGAACUGUCAUUUGUUUAAAACAACAAAACUGGUACAAAGGCUCGAUUACAAGUACUAUCAAAGGCAGAAGAAGAUAGCAUUAAAUUCAUUUAUUGGCUGAAAUCCAAUUAAUUAGAUCACCAAAAUAUACUAAAAAACUUGGAGGUCCAUUAAGACAAUACUUGUUAUCAAUUAAUCUACGAAUAUUUUGAUGGAGGCAAAUUAUCUCGAUUAUCAAGUUAAAUGGAAAUCACAGAGUAAAUUUUAGCAAAUAUUGCUGACCAAAUGUUUUAAGUUCUAGCCUAUUUAAAAACUUAAUAAAUGGUUCAUGGAAAUAUGACUAUCAACAGUUGGGAAUAUUAAUUUCAAUCAGGUUAAGUACUGGUUAAAUUAAUCGACUUGAAACCUAUCUCGGUUAAAGGAGUAGAUGAGUACGAAGUCUUACUAUUUACUCCCCCUGAUGCUCUCUAUAAAAAUGAAUACUAAGCCAGUAGAGAUUUAUGGGCUGUGAUGAUGAUUCUGUACUCGUUAGGGAUAGGUGAUGUACCCUAUAAGAUACCUCUUAAAUUGUAGAGUGACAUCCCUGCUGUGAAGUAGUAUAUUCUGCACUUUUAAUUUAAUGUGGAAUAAGAUCUUAGGAAAUGGCCAGCAGAUUUUCGAUAUUUUAUUGAAUCAGUGAUAGGGGAAAGGAAUAAGAAGAGAAGAAAAACUUUCGAAGAAUAAAGAAAUAAUCAUUGGUUAAAAAAACACAGGAAGGAGGAAAUCUCUACUUAGGAGAGGUUGUUAAAAAAUUUGUUUACUCAGAAGGAGAGUUGUGAAUUGCAAUAGACAAUAUUAGAGAUUAUGGUUCAGGAAUUGGACUAGGAGACAGCAAUGCAGUUACAAAAGCUGUUUUCAGAAUUUGAUUCAGAUUUAGACAUGAAAUUGUCAAAAGAGGAAUUAAUAAAAAUGUUCGAGAAAUAUACCAAAUUAACUGAUUUAGAAUAUCAUGUGAAUCAAUUAUUCGUUGAUCACUCAAUUAAGUCUGAGUUUAUGGCAUAGUUUACUUUUUUAUCACUUGCUGCCCCCAAGGAAUCGCUAUUGACUAGGGCAAAUCUUGAAACCACAUUUAAUCUUUUGAGUAACAAUAAAGCAGAGUUGAGAGCUGCUAACAUUACUAAAUAUCUUAAUCUAGUAAACGAAGACUUGGAAACUUAGUUUAAUGAUCUUGCUUCUGAGAAAAAACUCACUUUAGAGUAAUUCAUUAGUGUUAUGGAAUUAUUAAAGUGA